AUGGAGAACAGGGAUAGCUUCCCUCGGCCCCCAGCGCCCUCCUACCCCUCCGGAACCAGAGCCGUCGCGGUCCCUACCGGCGGGGACACGGCCGCCACCAACCUGACGUCGUCGUCGGGCUCGUCCUCGUCUCUCACGCUCUCCCCUCCCCGCUUCCUGCAACAGAUUCAUGCAGCUGUCAAGCGGCAGAGGCCUUUCGGUCCAAUGCAGUCUAAACUUCCAAGAGCAACUAGGGUCCUGGUUUCCGGAUGUGAGCGUGCAACUAAAGUUGGUGCCUGCCCUUCUGUUGCGAAAGACCCUGAACGAAAAGUUACGCAGCCUCAGAGAGGCCUGUUGGGAUCCUCUAGGCUGCCAAAUGCGACGCCUGAUCAAAGCACUCCUAAAUUAGGGUCCUCUGCCCCAGAUGAGCUGAUGUUGACAGCUUCCUCAUCAAUGCUAAAAAGCACCAUUGAUACCCAUGCACAAAGUGUUGGCCAGAAGAAUAAUGAGGCUAAUCUGUUGAUUGAUACGGAGAAGUCAGCUUUGGAAGCUUUGUCAUCUCAAAUUACAUCAUGCAAUGCUUUGAUGGGGGAAAAUUUCAAGAAAGGACAGCUUGAUUUGGAUGGUAAUCCACAGUUGACGUCACAAAGUGAUAAUAUAGGCAUCACUGUUGAUAGUAGAAUGGACAGUAUGUCGUCUUAUCUACAUUCUGUUUCAUUGACGGCAGGAGAUAAUUUUCCUGCAAAUCAAGGAGCUCAGUACGAUCACCAGCAGAACCAUCAGGAGCUUGAAAUUGUUGGUGCAGAAGUUGAUAUGGAUAUCAAAUAUGAUGCGCCUAAUUUAUCUCGGAGAGGGAUCGAUGAGGCUCGUAAUCACAAUCAUGGAGAGCCAAUGACUCGAUUCUCUGCCAUUGGUUCAUCUGUCACUGCCAUUUCUCUACACUCAGGGCCUACUGUCCAAAGUUCACAAACUCCACAGGUUAGCAGGUACACUUCACCAGUGCAGAUGCCAGAAUCUGCUGUAGAAUCAUCCAAGGGUGUACUGGUCCAUGGUUCUCAUGCUGGUGGGACUGGUGUCGGUGAUUGGAAUCCCCACAACCAGCAGGUUCGAAAUCUAAGCAAUGGUGCCACGGACAAAGCUGUUUCCAGCAUUGGCAGAUUGCGUUCCGAAGAAUUACCUGCAAAUGAUCAGUCUACAUCUGCCAGGGAUGGUGGUGCUUCCCGACCAAACAAGGGUGAGAAGGAGCGCCACAAAAAGAAUUAUGAUCCUAAUGUUUUCUUUAAGGUGAAUGGGAAACUUUAUCAGAAACUUGGUAAAAUAGGAUCUGGAGGUAGCAGUGAAGUUCAUAAAGUUAUAUCAUCAGAUUGCAUAAUAUAUGCCUUGAAAAAGAUCAAGCUUAGAGGCCGUGACUACCCUACUGCAUAUGGGUUUUGUCAAGAAAUUGAGUACUUAAAUAAGUUGAAAGGAAAGAGCAAUAUCAUUCAGAUGAUUGAUUACGAGGUCACUGAUAAGAGUUUACUUCUAGAAAGUUCCGUGCCACCCAGGGAUGGAAGAAUUAAGGAUGAUCACUUUAUUUAUAUGGUCCUGGAGUAUGGUGAAAUUGACUUGGCUAACAUGGUUGCUCUGAAGUGGAAGGAGAGAAACAACUCUAAUAUGAAAAUUGAUGAAAAUUGGCUACGCUUUUAUUGGCAGCAAAUGCUUGAAGCUGUCAGUACAAUACAUGAGGAACGAAUAGUCCACUCGGAUUUGAAGCCUGCAAACUUUAUGCUUGUAGGGACUCUGAACUACAUGUCACCUGAAGCAUUCAUGUGCAAUGAUACAGACUCAGGUGGUAAUGUUAUCAAGUGCGGGCGCCCCUCUGAUAUUUGGUCUCUUGGCUGUAUACUUUACCAGAUGGUGUAUGGUAAGACACCAUUUGCAGACUACAAGACUUUCUGGGCCAAAUAUAAAGAAGUCACUGAUAGGAACCACAAGAUCAUGUAUGAACCAGUUGACAACCCAUGGCUGAUUGAUUUGAUGCAAAGGUGUCUCGCCUGGGACCGAAAUGAACGAUGGAGGAUACCUCAACUUCUCAAGCACCCGUUCCUCAAUCCUCCGGUUCCAAAGGAUCUACCGCCCUCUGAUGAUGACCCAUGUAGAUUGCUCAUGGAGAGGAUCAGAGUCCACUGGGAUAAUCCGGUGGUUCAAAAACUCCGUAGUUUAAUUGAAGAACUCGAUGGGGAUCAGUAA